UUUAUUGCUCAGCCAGCGUAGCUCUGGAAGUUUCAAAAACUAUCUAGUAUCUCACAGUCACUGACCUUCAAUCUUUGUUUUGGUAUAUUCUCUUUUGAUUUCACUAUUAUGGGUUCACAGGAAGAAGCUGGGCCUCGUUUCAACGAUGAGGUGAUGCCCAUCGCCGUCAUUGGGCUCGGGUUUCGAGGGCCUGGAGAUGCGACAGACCCCAGUCGCUUCUACCAGAUGAUUUUCGAGGGGCGAGAAGCCUGGAGCCCAGUGCCACAAUCGAGAUGGAACAAUGAUGCAUUCUACCAUCCAGAUGCAAACAAAAAUGGCACAUCGAACGUCGAGGGAUGCCAUUUCCUGACUGAAGAUCUGGCGCGCUUCGACGCACCGUUCUUCAAUUUGACUCAGGCUGAAGCAGAGGCCCUCGACCCGCAACAAAGACUCCUGCUCGAAUGUUGUUAUGAAGGACUUGAAAAUGCCGGUCUCCCACUAGGAAGUGUUGUGGGCAGCAACACAUCUGUCUUCGUCGGUGCCGCCAGCAGUGACUAUACAGAGAUGCUGCUUCGGGAUGCCGAGAAAAUGCCAUUGUACCAGGCCACCGGCAGCAGCCAGUCCCGCGCCAUGAUGUCGAACCGACUGUCAUAUUUUUUUGACUUUCGUGGGCCCAGCGUCAGCGUCGAUACCGCAUGUUCGGCAGGUCUUGUCGCCCUCCACUUAGCCUGUCAGAGUCUGCAAACUGGCGAGGCGGACCAAGCAAUUGCAGCCGGUGUGAAUGUGAUUCUAGGUCACGAAUUCUUGAACAGUAUGUCGACAAUGAGAUUUCUUUCCCCGAACGGCCGAUGCUAUACCUUUGAUGAACGCGCCAAUGGCUACGGCCGGGGAGAGGGUGUCGGCUGUGUAAUUCUAAAGCCUCUCGAACAAGCCCUGCGAGAUGGAGAUCCCAUCCGCGGUGUCAUCCGGAACACAGGAGUGAAUCAAGACGGUCGAACGGCCGGCAUCACCCUCCCGAAUCGCCAUGCCCAAGAAGCACUCAUCCGGCGUGUGUAUGAGAAAGCAGGCCUCGAUCCUUUGGAGACGAGUUAUGUGGAAUGUCACGGUACAGGUACCCGAGCAGGUGAUCCAUUAGAGGCGUCAGCGAUCGCCAGCGUUUUUAGUCCAGGCAGGCCGUCUCAUCGACCUUUAUGGAUUGGAUCAGUCAAAACGAACAUAGGACAUCUCGAGGGAGCAAGUGGGAUGGCUGGCCUUAUCAAGCUGGUGCACAUGCUGGAAACGAAGACAAUUCUGCCAAAUCGGAAUUUCGAGACCCCGAACAAAUCAAUUCCAUUUGCAGACUGGAAUUUGAAGGUUCCAACGGUCCCAGAGCCCUGGAGUAAUGACAAUGGCAUCCGGAGAGCUUCGAUCAACAGCUUCGGGUACGGUGGAACAAAUGUGCACUGCAUUCUAGAGGAGGCUGAAGGAUACUUGCGAUCUCGAGGAAUACCUCCAGCACAAUUGAGACCACCCACGGUUCUAUCGCACAAAGAAAGCCUCGUUCCCGGCGCAGUCAACGGCCACGGCUCCCUAUGUCGUGAGGGCGUUCUGCAAGAGGAUAUCUCCGAAAGUGCUCGUGUCUUUGUUCUAUCAAGCUUUGACGAGACGUCAGGGAAAGCCUGGGCCAAACGGUUAGCCGAUUAUCUUGAAAGCUUGCCUCGCUAUAAGGAUGGGUUUAUAGAUGAUCUUGCAUACUUGCUCAGUGAAAGGCGAACCAGACAUCUCUGGAGAGCAGCCUUUGUUGCAUCGUCGAGGGACCAAUUAGUUCAGGCACUUAAAGCGGACACAGUGAAGUUCACCAAAUCCAAUCCUGAACGGCCCCUUCUUGGGUUUGUCUUUACCGGUCAGGGUGCCCAAUGGCAUGCCAUGGGUCGCGAGUUGAUAGAUAUAUACCCGGUGUUCGAUCACUCCAUCUGCCGGGCUGCUAGACAUCUUCAGAAACUUGGCGCAGCAUGGGACCUGAAAGGUAAGUAGGAAAUAGAACUCCCAGCCAGUUCGUUUUCUUUCUAGACAUUUCUUUGACUCGAGACAUCUAGAUGAACUGUCCAAGACAGCAGAGGAGUCCCGGGUUAGCCGAGCGUUCCUGAGCCAGCCGC